AUGGCGUCGGCAACACAGGAGCAGCGGCACCAUGUUCUCUCGAACGGAAUGCUCAUGUCCGGUGCGCUUCCAACCAUUGGCCAUUCUCGGAGUUGGGCCGCAACCCAAAACCCGUCGGCAGCGGACAACGACACGGACAGCAAAGCCGACGAAGCGUGGGAAAACGAUUUCAAUUUCGACGUGUUGCCCGAGACAUCGGCGCCGCCUCCACGACGAGAUGGCCCAAUGGACGUAGCCACGCGGGUCAAGGGCGAGCGGUUAGCGCUCAACUUUCGGUUGGUGGAUAUCGUCGGGAGGGCGUACGAGGCAAUAAACGAGCUCGCGGACGAAGAAAUCAAACUCAAGGAAGUGUUCAGCCAAUUCAAAGGCCAACACAGCGUCAACGUGGACGACGACAACGAUAGCAUCGCAGCUUGGAUGGACCAAGUGCUGCAAGUACUCGCCGACUGCUGCUGUGUACAUGCGGUUGGCCCCCACGAGCAGCCCUUGAACACUAUCGACCGGUUGGACGAAGCUUCGCGUCUCGUCGUUCAGACCACCAAUGAACUAACUACGACCCCCCAGAUUCCACGGCACAUGGUUAUGAUUGUGCAGUUGUGGCUCCACGUUGAAACGUACGCGCUAUCUCUGGACAAGGACUAUCCGGCCAUGGUGUCAGCUAUAGCCAACGCAGUGCUUCAAAUGAAACGAAUGGACAGAGACUCGCACAACAACCCCCACUUUGGCCUCACCGUGGUAGCGCUCAACGAAAUGCACGAGGCGGCGUCGCGGUCUUGUGUUGGCAUCUCCCCCAAGAAACAAGCAUCGCAUCUGCCAAAGUACCGCUCCGAGACAUCUUUCGGUCCUCCGUCCACCAAGUUGACCCACCAGGUGGAAACGUUGCUGGUGUUGCGUCUUGCACUUCUCAGUGUCGUCCUCACAUCAUACAAGCACGACAAACGUCAUCGUCGCUUGUGUUGGCCAGUCGUGUCUAGCUUGACAUUGUGCUCUGCCCAUAUUCUGUCGGAGUCGUUUGACAUCCCCCUCGCCAUGGAUUAUGCGUGCCUGGCCAGCAAACUGGCUGCGUACCUGACGUUGGACGACUCCAUGUUAAGCGCCGCCAAAGCCUUGCAGUGUCAGGCGCAGACGAGUCUGCAAUCGCUUCAGCACGACAAGGACUGGGCCGACUUUGACGAGCACUACGAACACUCCCAGCGCAUGUUUUCCAUCAAUUGGACGGGUCAUCUCACUCCAAAGGACUGCCUCGUGACCAAAAUUGGGUCCCCCACAAGUCAAGGCGACCCCGUCGGUCAUGAUGGCGACUCGGAAAACAGCUCGGAUUGGGACGUUGACGAAGUCAAAAUGCCCCACCUAUGCUCUGGCAUGUUGCAACAGCCAACCGGGAGCGCGUCGUCGUUGGCUUCAGUUCUGAACCUGCGGGAUCUGUUUGUGCCUAUGAAAGCGCACGCCCCGACGUCCUCUUUUCCAGCGAUGCUCACCCAAUCGAUGGAACACCCGGCUCCGGACACGACGCCGCCGCUGCCGCCGCCAUCGUCCCCGUACUCGAGGACGUUUGCUGCGUUUGAAACGGGAAAUCUCCUCAGCAACUCGUUCCAAUCCACGCGGUCCAUGGACCAAUGGCUGCGCGACCUGCCGUCCGACAACUCGACGGCGCGUCGCCGUCCCCACGAGUCGCCCCAUCCCGACGACGCCGCCGCCGUCCACCACUUGACGACCACCCCUAAAUUCACACAAGAGUGGGUCGACAUGUAUGAAUCGUCGUGCCGGCACUUUGUUGUGUCUGCUCCAGACGCGUGCUUCCAACUGGUCCACACGUUCUUCUCCGACGUCGCCACGUACUUGGUCCAUCCUUCUGGUGACAAAACAGUAACCUCGUCCACGUCCGCUGUCUUGGACGCCGGGUUGCGGUUGUGCACGCUGGUGGGCGAGUUCUUACCUCCCCAGUCUGUGCACACAUACCUGUCGCUUCUGCAGUCGUGUGACGCUGGAGUAUUCGUGCAUCUCCGAUGUACGCUGGUCGACCUCGAAUUGCGUGUUCACCACGCGUUGGUCAUCUACGAAGAUGCCCUGGACUCGUCCGAUGUAUGGAAAACGUCAUUGUGGGGCGACCUCCGCGACGCAUCCAGUCGAUUGCACUCUACAAAGCUGGAGACUCUGACAAUAUCGCAGAACGACAACAACGAGGAUGCUCCGAUGUGUGAAGUGCUGGAGCUGAGCAUGCAAGUGUUAUUGAUAGCCCACUGUUUGAACUGUGGCAUCUCGCCUCUGACCAUGAAGCGCAUAUCAAAAGCCUGUCCAAUUCUCACAAGUGCCGUCGACGGUUUCGACGACGACAACCACCUUGACAGACUGGUGGCAGUCUUGGAUAUCGUGCGGCACUUUGCCACCCAUCCGCUGGCGGCGUCCGCGGAGGGCACGUGGCACCGCCUCAAGCUCGUGUAUCCACUGCUGCCGCUGACGUCGCCCGUGCGAGUUCGCGCUGGCGUGGCCAUGGGCAUGACAAUGCUAGUCCAGGACGACGUCCACGCUGCCGAGAGCAUCGUGUACGAGUCCAUCUACGUCUUACACACGCACUUCACAUUGCACUCGAUGACGGGGAUCACCGCCUUGACCUUGUUUGGGGACGCGCUCUUGGCGGUGCAAAAGGUCGAGUUUGCCACGGCCGCGUUUGAAAGCGCGUGCCACAUUGCCCAGCUGGUUGGCGCCACUUUGUCUGUCGUCGACCUCGAGCGGAAGCUAGCGGUGCUGUGCAGCGAUCACGGCGAUAUCGACCGAAGCCUUCGGUACUACAAGCGCAUUCGAGCUCGGAGUUUGACAAAGCGGAUGUGGUUUGAGUACGCCUACAUCUCGGUGGCCAUGGCCUGCCUCGUCAUGGACAGGGGCGAAUACGCCACCGCGGCGCUAGACAUCCAUCCCAUCUUGCAGCAGAUGCAACUGCUGGCGCCGUACGAGGCGGACGUGGUCACGGAAUGUCAAGUGCUCGCGAUUCGGUUGAGCAUUUGCCAUUUAAAACUGCACUGCCCGCAUCGCGCCAUCUCGACGCUGGAGCUUUGCCUCCAGCACUUUCAACCCAAGGGAGCUAAACAUGUCGUGGUGCUGAUGUGGCUAGCCAAAGGCUAUUACAAGUCAAGUCAGUUUGGUCACUGCGACGUCACGUUGAAAACGAUUGCUAAACUACGCAAAGAUUACAAGACUAACCACUACACCAGUGUUCAAUUAGGCGGGUCGUUUGCCAAGCUACCGCAGCCCCUCCAGUAUUCAAUAACGUUAGAGAGGACGCCCCCUCACGACACGUCGUCGGAUUUGUACCCACUGUACACAAAAGUAGCGUUGAAGCGCAACGACUUUGACCUCGCGGCGCAUUACUCGGCGUUGUCGAUCGUGUACUUGGAGCUCCAGCCACCCCCCGUGGCUGCGACCACGUUGCUCCAGCUAGCGCAUGCCUACUACCUCCGAGGCAAAGUGCUGCAAGCCGCCGCGGCCGCCCCGUGGCGGUUUCCCAUGAAACUGCAGAGUUUAGACUGCGAGUACCUUGUGUCCACUAAAGCCGCGAACAGGGGGCUCUAUCGACGAAAGAGCUCUGCGCUUGUACGCGAACGGGUGCUCGUAUCACUGGAUGAAUGCAUGUACCACAGCCUGCGCGCGUUUCACCACAGCUACGAACUGUUCCAUGGCCAAACCGACACUGUGGGCAUGAUGAAGGCGGCGAGUGGUCUCUCGGCAGUGUACUUACACAAAGUGUUUCUUCCCCAUAUGAUAUUGCAGCGACCCCUCGACCAACUCAUGAAGUUCUCGCUCGCCCGUCGACCGUCUUCAGCGUCUGUUUCGUCGCACGACAUCAAGACGAGUAGCUGUGUCGAGUUCGAAUUUGCACUGGCCGACAUUGAAACCCCGACCAAGUUUGUGUGGGACUCGAGUGUCGUGGCAACGGACCCUCGGUUGUACAUAGACGCAUGCCUCAACAUGAGCCAGCUGCACUGCCUGCGAGGCCUUGGACCUGACGCCCUGGGCUUCUGGUACGAGGCUCGCGACGUGUUUCUCAGCUGCGUGCUGUGUCCGUCGGGGGCGUCCAUGCAGCGAUCCUUGUCUCGGCUCGUCGAAACGCUGCUGACGUUUGACAAGUCGGUCGUAAACGAGAAUGUAGUGCUGUUGGAGCUUGUGGCGACGCCGUGGACAUCGUGGCGGCAUGCCACGUGUUUGAAGAAGACUGGGUGGCGCAAGUGUGCCAGGAUAGCAGAGACGAGCACGAGUUACCAGGCCAAGGUGCUGCGCGAGAAGCAACCGAAAGGACCAAGCCACCAGCGCCACAAGUCGGACACGCUCGAGUUGUGUACGACAAGGCACACGAAUGGACCAACGAUGGGGAUCAGCGUCGGAGGCAGUGCUAGGUCCCUGUCAACCCCUCCUUCCCCUGGGCGAGCCCCAGACAUGCCAAGAACGGCGACCCCCGCCUUGAAAACGGAUGGAGGCACCGAAAACGAUCCACGUCCAACGGCGACGAAUGUGGAAGUGCACAUUCAUCACGGCUUUGCCAGGCUAAAGCACCACCGAGACAUGCAACGCAACGGCAAAGUGCCCCAAGAUGCCCUCAAGACAGACGCAACGUGCCGCCGCUUCCUGCGCCAGAUUUGGGACCACAUGUCCGUGUUCCGAGGCGGGUGCUCGCUGUCCCUGUGGCUGUCGUCGGUCGGGUAUGACAAGGACACCAUGUCCACGGUGGUGUACGUGUUGGAGGUGGCCCCGGCGUUGAUCGUGGCCAGUGUGGGGCUGGCCACGGGGAUUUGCGACUGGAAAUUCAUUCAACAGAAUCAAGUCACGUUGGUCUCUGCCGUCCCAUCAACGUCCUCCGUCCCGCAUCCCCCUAUUCUUCGGCGCUUCCGCAUCAAUGAAACCAAAGCGCUGUCGUCACCACUAUCGGCGUCCGUGGUGCCGCUUUUGUUUACGUGUUCGUCUUCCAGUGUAACUACCCAGCACAAGCAACCCCAUCGAGAUGCUUUUCACAUGUUUGGCCGCGAAUUCACGAGCUGCCUGUCGUUGAUACACUCGGGCCUCGACGGAACACUCGAAGCAACCGACCGUCCGUCACACGACCAAGAUCGUCACAUUGUUGGUGGUGCGGUCGUGCACUACUCGCUCGUCUGCAGCCCGUCGUUGCAGAGCUUGCCUUGGGAAUGCAUGCCUGGGGUGGCCAUGGUGCGUCGACCAUCCGCGUUUCUCACAGACACACCACAGCCUGCCACGUCAUUGCCCAGAGACCAUCCAAUCACGUUUCGCAUCUGCCGGGUCAAAUCACCUCGGCACGAGCACUCGACUACCAUCGAAACGUUGUCGCCGUGGUGGACUGUGCUCGGGUAUCCUUCGGAAGUAACGCUGUCACACAAAAAGGUCAAGUUCUCCAACCAAAUCAAGGUCGUUCCCAAGGUGCAGUCCUCCCAAUGGGACGACCUUCAUCAUGCGACUGGAGGAACCGAGGUCGAGAUCGUGCUGGGUUCCUUUAUAGAACUGAACGCGAACCCGCUCCUUUGCCGCCCCACGUCCACACGCCUCUACAUCUUUGCGCCACCAAUGUACUUGCCCCUCUUGGCCAAAGCCACGCUGAAGUCGCUGCCACUAGUUAAGAAGCCGUCGAUGUUUUCACCACGACGGAACGUGCCCGCCGUGGCUGCGGCAGGUGUGCUUCAGAGUAUUCAAGCCAUCGUGUCGGCGUUUCAAGAUUUGCAUGGCGUGCCAGUCGCACUGUACAGCGUGAACCCGUGACUACCCCAAACACCACUCCUGCUUAUAUCGCACAAUGAACCGCUUAAUGGCAUGGUCUGAAACAUGCAAUGACGUGGCAAGUUUCUGCAAGUUUGUUUCUAUUUUCACCUGGUGUUUGCAGACGAUAGUCGAGGAGGCAUGUAUAAUAAAUAUAGUGGUCGUCUGUGGGGCUAGGAAUGCAGUGGGGAUGGUAUCUGCAAUACUACCGGUAGAUGAGGAUUCUCUCUGCCAUCCAUUUUGGUCUCGAUCGUUCGUUCGAUCGAUCGAUCGCUUGUUCGCGUUAUACGUUGGCUUUGUCGCCGAGCGGUCGGUACACUUCGACCGACAUGUCAAGCUCGUGCCCGGGGAGCGGUAUCGGAGGCACGUCGCUGUCGGAGCAGGCUUCAGUGACCACGUCGCCGACUGCAUCGUCUGGGUCGCUGUCUGGAACUAGAAGCUCGUCAGCGGCUGCUUUGCGCUGCGACCGGAACGUAUCCAGCGUAUAGAUGACGAGCGCGACCCAGACCUGGGCGAAUCCAAUGGCCUUGGUGGUUUCGAACGGCUCAUGGUAGAGAAAGAUGCCAAUGAGGACAUUCAAAGUCGGCCCGAUGAACUGCAGCAGCCCCAUGAUGGUCAUGGGGAUAUACUUGAUGGCGGUGGAGAAGAGCAACUGCGGCGUGACGGUGAGCACGCCCAGGCCGACCAUGAGCACGUCGUUGGCGACGGCGGAGUGGCCAAACGCCCCCUGGCCUUGUCCUUCCUGCACAAUCAAGUAGAUCCAGCAUGGCACGGACAAGUACGCAAAUUCGAGGGCGAUGCCCUGGACCGACUUGAGCGGCGCCUUCUUCGCCAUGAGCGCGUAGAAACCAAAAUCAAACGCCAACACGAGCGCAAUCCAUGGGAACUUGCCGUACAAGAACGUCACGGUGGCGACACCACACACAGCCAGGGUCACAGCGAUCCAUUGCCACAACCGAAGCUUCUCGCGGAGCACCACGACCCCGAGGAACACACUCACGAGGGGACUCAUGAAGUACCCAAGGCUCAUUUCGACGAUGUAGCCUGCGUUCGUCGCCCAGAUGCUCACAAAAAGGUUUAUUCCCAGGAGCGUUCCUGAAAGAGCGUAAAAUCGAAGGACAGACCACUUGCAGGCAGCCGACGUGGUCGCCGAAGCCAGGCCAUGGAAGUAGAGCACAGCGAAAGCGAUGGGAAACGCCCACACGAUCCGAUGGCAUAGCAGCUGCAUGGCGGGGAUGGUCGUGAGCUGCUUCCAGUAGAUGGCGCUGCAGCCCCAUAUCACGUACGCGAACACCCCAAAGCACACGCCGACGUGGAACUGUUGCAUGUUUACAGCACUGUAAACUGAAAGAAUAGGCACGGGAGCAAUGCGAAGCGACA